UGUAAACAUAUUAAUAUGUUUUAUACAGUAGAAUUUAUAGCUACUGUAUACAUAUUGAUAUACUGUAAUUUGCAUUAGUAAAAUAAAUUUUCCUCAGUGGUUGGGGCACCAAAACCGGCUCCAGCCCAUGGACCCACAUCCUUGUACAUCCAGCCCUGUUUAGCAGAGAUCCUGAUUGUUAGAAAAAUCCAUGGGCCUUGCUUUUUGUUGUGUUCCAGCAGAAACUGGUUAAGUUCUCAUGAUUUCUGGGUUAAUAUUAUAUUUAUAUAAAAUAUUUAUAUAUUAUAACUAUACUUAUUUCUAUCCUGUACCAGUGUGAUUUAGUUUUUUUGGGAUAGGAAGACCUCUGCUGUCUGGUGUCAUUUAUUGAUUCUCUUCAGUCUUAAUAGAAAUAGUUCAGAGUUAAACUUCUUGUCAACCAGAGUUUGGUAUUUUUCAUAAUUUUGAGUCUACUUCAGAGUUUGCUUUUGAUUGCCAAGAUUUAGUGAUUAAAUACUGUACAUUUUGCAAGUUACUGGACAUACCUUUUACUUUUAGCUAAUUUAACCCUUCAUGUUUUUUGCUGUAUGAAGAAUGUCAUAUUUUUGUGCAAUUGUAGUAAUUUCUGUACUGUUCAUUAGAAUCCUUAUAUUGGAAAUGCAGAGGCACGUUACUGCCACCAAUAUUUUUUUUCACCAUAAACGUUUCACUCAAAGCUAAAUACCAAGUUACGACACACUUUUCAGAUUUGUUUUGGUUGUAUUUUUUUAUUUGCAAAACCGUAGUUGUCUUAAUCGACUUCAGAAUUAUGUACAACUAUGAUGAGAUAGUUUUUUACAUAAAAUUAUGAAAGAUUAGAAUAGACGUUUGUGGGUUUAUGUAGCCAUAAUACAUUUUUCUCUCUCUAAGACCAUUGUACUAUUUGGAGAAUGUGGGAAAAAUGUGUGACUUAUUUAUGAUGAUGUAACCACGAUCUGAAACAGAUGAAAACUAGCACAUUUACUUCAGGAUUUUUUUUUUCUCUUUCACUUUUCACAAAGCUGGUUGGCUCAUUUGUAAUUGUUUUUUUUUUUUUUUAUGCUUCCAACUGUGACUUUGCAAGUUUAUGUAUAUUUAUCAGUAACCGGACAGGUAGCCAAUAAGAGCGCCUUGCCGCACGAGCCCUCGCCUGCUCGGCACCGUAUCCCGCGCGCUUAUUGGACAAGCGGAGGGAACCCCGACGUGUCACACGAGCCGCUCGCGUGCAGACUGUGAUUGUAUAAAUACCGAGCAGAAGCGCUUGUGUCUGGAGUGCUGCAGUUUGGCUCGGAGACAGUUCGGACUGCUGUCAUUUGUUAUAGUCAGCUAGCUACCCUGAGAGCUGCCAGGAGACGGCGGGACUGUCGACCGUUUACUUUUCGGUUGUUUUUCGCUCUUGUGCGAACCUGAAGAUGCCAGCCGGUACUUUCGAAAGAGCAUCUCCGUCUGGUGUUGCGGCUGUCCCGGCAAGAGGCGACUCUACCCCAGGGAAACCUCGCACUCUGGCAGAGAACAGAAAGUCCUCCAAGCCAAUUAUGGAGAAGCGGCGACGCGCGCGCAUCAAUGAGAGCCUGGGUCAGCUGAAGACCCUCAUCCUGGACGCGCUCAAGAAAGACAGCUCCAGGCACUCCAAGCUGGAGAAGGCCGACAUCCUGGAGAUGACGGUAAAGCACCUGAGGAACCUGCAGCGGCUUCAGAUGACAGCGGCUUUAAACACAGACCCAUCCAUCCUGGGGAAGUACCGAGCUGGUUUCAGCGAGUGCGUUGGAGAGGUUACCCGUUUCCUGUCCACGUGUGAAGGAGUCACAGCCGAAGUAAGGACUCACCUCCUCGGCCACCUCGCGGCCUGUGUGACCCAGAUUAACCUGUAUGGACCUCACCUGGGCGACCUGGGACAGACCAGCGGUACGCAGAUCAGCGCGCCUCCGGCCCUGCGGGCGUCCCUCAAGGGUGGCUCACUAUCCACCGAAGCCAUGAAACUGUACGGAGGCUUCCAGGUGGUGGCGUCUCCAGACGGACACUUUGCGUUUCUUAUUCCCGGCGCAGCUUUCACACCUCUGAGUGUACAGAACAGCCACCAUGUGUCACCUGUUGCACCUGCUGUCACCUCAGACUCUGUGUGGAGACCGUGGUAGGGACCAUGGAGGUGGGGAAAAAAUGACAAUAAGACAAUAAAUCAUAUUUUUUGUUGUACAUUUUGUAAAUACUUUAGGGAAUAUUUCUUAACAGAUUCUUUUAUCUACAUUUAUAUUGGCAUACAUGCAUGGGAAGAGAUAUUUCUCUUUCUCUUUGCCUUAGUUGACAUAUAAAAUGCUGAUUGUUCUUAAAAGCACUGCCUGUUCAUAAAUAAACAAAACGUGUUUAUAAUGUGUAAAAGAUGUAUUAUUUAAAAAGAAUAGCCAUCUGACCAUAUCACUUUCAUUUAUUCUCUACCCACACUUGAUUUUCUCAGUUUUCUGGCUGGAUUAAAUAUUUAUUUAAAGAGGUAAAGAUCCUAAAACGGUUCCUGUCGUGUUCAAAUAGACGAGACUUUACUCAAAAGUGUUCAAAAUCUGAGUUUAUGUUUAUAAGACUCUGGCUCAGCAGGGUCAGUCUAAGUGUGUUCUAUCAUUAGGCUGGCCGUCCUUACAUCUGUCCUGAAUAUUAGGCUGGGGAUUCUACACAACUCUGUCUGCACAGAACCUGGAAAGACAAGGUGUUCCCACCAAUAGACUGGUUUCUGAGGGAUCACAGCCUGCAGGAUGUAUCAGACCAGCUAAAGCCAGAUGAGCUCAAAAUCACAGGAGUGAUGGUUUAGAGAUGUCUACAGUGUGGCUUGGAGGCCACUUGUGUUCCAACCCUGAGUAGAAGUAUCUAGUUUAUUUACUAUUGAUCAACAUUAUUAGCUUUUUCUUCUUUUACUCUUUCCUCUGGUUUAUUAUUUCGUUUGUAUUUCCUUUUAG